CCCUUAAUUAAAAGUAAAAGCAAUACACUUCAUUUUCAGGGAAAGAAAAGGGAGGGAGGAAAAGAAAAGAUAAUAAUAACCUUGCCUUAAAUUGUUCAUCCUCCACGAUAUAAAUUGGCCACUUUCUGCAAGACAUUUCUUCACGCCUCUUACAAAAUCCCUUCAAGUUUUAUUGUAUUGAUCAGUAAAAUAUAAGACAGAAAAGAAAGAGCCAACGAAACUUAAAAAAAAAAAAAUGAAAGGAUCCGUAGUUGCAAUUUUAGCCACAACAAUGGUACUUUUCAUGCUCGUAAACCUAAAGCCGGCCGAUGCGGCCACUUUCACGGUCGGCGACGCCGGUGGCUGGACCUUCGGGGUCAACAGUUGGCCCGCCGGGAAGAGCUUCAGCGCCGGUGACGUGCUCGGUAAAUAAAAAAAUAAAAAAAUGAAUAACGAUUAAUUAACCCAACGAUAAUUUUUGUGUAUGUGAUGAACAUUAUCCAAUACCAAUAUAUUAAUUUGGCUCUCUUUUGUGUGAAUGAUAUGGCAGUUUUCAACUACCCGCAAGGGUUGCACAACGUGGCGGUGGUGGACGCCGCCGGGUACAACGCCUGCGAUACGGCGGGGGCGAAGAUAUUGACCUCCGGCCACGAUCAAGUCACCCUGGCAAAGGGAGCGAACUACUUCAUCUGCGGCGUCGGUGCCCAUUGCCGAGCCAACAUGAAAAUGACCGUCAAUGCUUCUUAAAUUUCAUUGAUUAAUCAAUUAAUGGAGAUUAAUUAAUAUAUAUCAGAUGAUGAUUAGCUUAAUGUUAGACACUAUGUGCUAUGAUGAUUAUUUCUCAAUAAUUUUAUUAUCUGAGGUCCAUAGCCAAGUUUUCAGUUCGUUGUAAGAGUAAAAUAAUUUUAUUGCCACCUCAAUUCAAAUAAGUAUCUUUCAUGUAUCCUACUAAAUUUAGACAAAUGAAACGAAAAUCAACCCGAGAAAGAUAAAAGUUGACUCAAAAUUAAACCGCAAAUUAUCCAUAUAAUUCUUACCUUCUUUUUUUCGCAUCUUCUUCUCCUCUUUAUUUUCUCUGAAACUUCUUCUUCCUCCUCCUCCAUUAAGGACUACAAAGAUGUUUAAUUAAGUUGAACUUUUUAAAAUGGAGUUUGUCAAUGUUUAAGUAAUGGAUGGUUGAAUGUUAUAAGAACAAGUACUAUCCUCAACAUACUUAUGACUACUUGUACCACCUUGUACUACAAAGAUACAACACAUGUACAACCCUUCUUUAAGGACAAGUUUUUAAUAAUCAAGUUCAAAUUAAAAAAAAAAAAAUUGGAGUUGUCAAUGUUAGUAAAUGGAUAGCUGAAUG